AUGUACCGUCAGGUACUAGUGCACGAAGCUGAUACGCCUUGGCAGUGCAUAGUGUGGAGAAGCUCACCCGAAAUCCAACCGAAGGUGUACAAACUUCAAACGGUAACUUAUGGCACCAGCUGCGCGCCAUACCUGGCGACUAAAUGCCUACUUCAACUUGCCAGAGAUGAGUCUUCCCGCUUUCCAAUUGGGGCUGCCGUCACACUGAAGGACUUUUAUGUCGACAACUUAAUGACUGGUGCGUCAACGGUCAACGAAGUUAUCGCCAUAAAACAACAAGUCACGUCGCUCCUCAGCAGUGGUGGUUUCCCGCUACGCAAAUUUGCGUCGAACCAUAUGCACGUCAUAGAGGACGUACCCCAAGAAGACAGGGAAAAGAGCGUAAAACUAGGCGAUUCCGAAUACGUGAAAACUCUUGGAUUAAAAUGGUCACCAGUAGAAGAUAUUUUUAUCUUCAGCUACAACAAUCGUUCGUCGCAGUCGAAGGCAACCAAGAGGUCCAUAUUGUCGCAAAUAGCCAGCUUUUUUGAUCCGCUAGGUCUUCUCAACCCUCUUAUCGUCUCGUGCAAACUACUCAUGCAACAAUUGUGGGAGCUUAAACUAGACUGGGAUGAAAGCGUGCCACAAAAUGUCUACACACAAUGGCGUAACUUCCAUCAACAACUAAAUCGGAUCGACAACAUUCAGAUUCCAAGAUGCUAG